AAAAAAAUUUAGAAAAAAAAAUUCAGAACAAAAACCGGUAAAAUAGUUUGGUUACAAUGUUUGGGCGUACCGCAUUAACAUUAAGUAAAAAUACUCAAGCGUACAUACGCGCAUGUAAUUGUUGGAUGCAACCAAUAAUCACCUUCAGAUUAAGAUCACUUCUAUGCAAUCGUAUAGUGCAGUUAAACAUUACAGAUAAUUUAAGUAUUUUGCAAAAAAAUAGUAAAGGUGUAGCUCCUCUGAAAAAAUCAACCAAUAAUGCAGCAGGAUCAAAACAUCUGCCUCGUGACAUCAGCAAUGAAACAGAUAAGGAAUGCCUUCUUAGCAAAAGAGACAUUCUCGAGAAUGAAUGCAAAAAAUUAGCCAAGCAACUAAAAAAAGCUUGCAAAAAAUUACUGCAUGAGGAGAAACGAAAACUGAUCGAAAUCGAUCAAAUGCCACAAAAGUCUGAUAUUAAUUGCCAGCAAAAGCGUAAUUAUAAAUGUGCGGCAAAAGGGAAAAAAACUAGCUCUAAAAAAGGGUGUAAGGCUAAAAAAGGAAAAAAGAAUAAAAAGCAACAGCUGAAGAAACAGUGUCAGGAACAAGCUAAGAAAGAGAAAGAAAAGAAAUUAAGAAAGCAAUGCAAGAAAAUGGCUGAAGCAGAAAAAUGCAAGAAAAUGGCUGCAGCUGAGAAAUGUAAAGGAAAAGGAAAGAAAGGCAAAGGAAAGGCCAAGGGCAAAGGCAAAGGUAAAGGAAAGUUAAAGAAACAGUGUCAAGAUCAAGCUGCGAAAGAAAAAGAAAAUAAGUUAAGAGAACAAUGCAAGAAAAUGGCUGCAGCUGAGAAAUGCAAGAAAAUGGCUGCUGCUGAGAAAUGUAAAGGAAAAGGAAAGAAAGGCAAGGGAAAGGCCAAAGGCAAAGGUAAAGGAAAGAAAGGUGACGCCGCGUGCAAGCAGCACCAGUUGAGGAAACAGUGUCAAGAACAAGCUGCGAAAGAAAAAGAAAAGAAAUUAAGAGAGCAAUGCAAGAAAAUGGCUGAAGCCGAAAAAUGCAAGAAAAUGGCAGCAGCUGAGAAAUGUAAAGGAAAAGGCAAGAAAGGCAAAGGCAAAGGAAAGAAGAGUGACGCUGCAUGUAAGCAACAGCAGUUGAAGAAACAGUGUAAAGAUCAAGCUGCGAAAGAAAAAGAAAAUAAGUUAAGAGAACAAUGCAAGAAAAUGGCUGAAGCAGAAAAAUGCAAGAAAAUGGCUGCAGCUGAGAAAUGUAAGAGCAAAGAUAAGAAAGGCAAAGGUAGUGGAAUAAAGGACAAGUCUAAAGAUCCAUGUGGAAAGCGAAAGUUGUUAAUGCAGUGUAAGAAGCUUGCACAGCAAGAAAAGGAAAAGAUAUUACGAGCGCAAUGCAAGAAAAUGGCCGAAGCAGAAAAAUGCAAGAAAAUGGCAGCAGCUGAGAAAUGUAAAGGAAAAGGGAAGAAAGGCAAAGGCAAAGGAAAGAAGAGCGACGCUGCAUGUAAGCAACAGCAGUUGAAGAAACAGUGUAAAGAUCAAGCUGCGAAAGAAAAAGAAAAUAAGUUAAGAGAACAAUGCAAGAAAAUGGCUGCAGCUGAGAAAUGCAAGAAAAUGGCUGCAGCUGAGAAAUGUAAGGAAAAGGAAAGAAAGGCAAGGGAAAGGUCAAAGGCAAAGGGAAAGGAAAGAAAGGUGACGCCGCGUGUAAGCAGCAGCAGUUGAGGAAACAGUGUCAAAAACAAGCUGCGAAAGAAAAAGAAAAGAAAUUAAGAGAGCAAUGCAAGAAAAUGGCUGAAG